AUGGAGGUGUAUAUGGUUGUUCGGCGUAAGAAGACAAACAUUCACCUUAAUGCCAAAGAAACGAGUCUCGUCCUGGAGGUGAAGAAAAUGAUUGAAGGAAUUCUCAAAGUUAAACCCGAGGACCAGAUGCUUUUGAAGCACCAAACUGAAAUGGAAGACGAAAAAACUCUCAGCUAUUAUAACCUGAACAGUCAAACCGCAAGAGCCCAUACACCAGCCACGUUAGGAUUAUGUUUACGUGACCCAGCCACUGAAAAAUUCGAGGUGUUGGAUAUAACACCGUAUUCAAAUCCACCUGAAUUACCAGAGGUGAUGCGAUCUCAGGAGAAUCUACCACCACAAAAUGCUCCAGAACUUGUAGGUCAAGCAAAACCAUAG